AGCAAUAAUAAAAUAAAACAAUGGCAAAGGCGGCUCUUGCAAUCAUCUCCACACUUUGCAUCGUGGCCGCCAUGGCCGGCUCCGGCAGCUGCCACCCCGGGGAAUCCUUCACCGUGAAGGGCAAGGUUUACUGCGACCCUUGCCGCCUCAAAUUCGAGACCAGAAUCAGCGAGAACAUCGCGGAUGCGGUUGUGAAGCUAGAGUGCCGGAAUAUGACGACAGAAAAAGUGACGUACACGAAGGAGACGACUACAGGCGCGGAUGGGACGUAUUCGAUGACGGUGGAGGGGGAGCACGAGGAUGAGAUAUGUGACGUGACGGUGGAGAAGAGCCCGAGGGAGGAUUGCAAGGAGGCGGCGGCGGGUUUGGAGAAGGCGCAGGUGGUUUUAAGUGACAACGUGGGAAUGCACAGCAAUGUAAGAUAUGCUAACCCGCUGUUCUUCAUGAAGGAAAAGGUUUCUAAGGACUGCGCCAAAGUGGUGAAGGAGUUGGACUUUGUUCCUCUUGAAAUGUAAUCGGAUCAGCCUUUGCCUGCCUGCACGUACCUUUAAUGUCUCUGAUGUGUUUACUUCUCUUGUAUGCAUGUAUGUCAUGAAUAAAGCAUCUUGUUAAUGUUAAAACUCUUCCUCUC